AUGAGUCACCGUCUUCCAGUGAGAGAUGAAGACGAUUUCCUGAGCCUGAGUGAGCUCCCGGAAACAUUCCCCUCUGACCCACCAGAGCCCUUACCUCACUUCUUGUUCGAACCUGAGGAAGGGUACAUUGUCAAGAAUAAGCCAGUCAAUCUCUACUGCAAAGCAACGCCUGCCACGCAAAUUUACUUUAAGUGCAACAGCGAGUGGGUCCAUCAGAAGGAUCAUACUGUGGAGGAGAGGGUUGAUGAAAACUCAGGUCUGGUGGUAAGAGAGGCCAGUAUAGAAAUAACACGGCAGCAAGUGGAGGAGCUGUUUGGUCCUGAAGAUUACUGGUGUCAGUGCGUGGCCUGGAGCUCCGCUGGAACCACAAAGAGCCGCAAGGCACAUGUUCGCAUUGCAUACCUGAAGAAGUCAUUUGAACAGGAACCCCUGGGAAAGGAGGUGUCGUUGGAGCAGGAGGUCCUGUUGCAGUGUCGCCCUCCGGAGGGCAUUCCGGCUGCUGAGGUGGAGUGGUUAAAGAAUGAGGAGAUCAUUGACCCAGCAGAGGACAGAAACUUCUACAUCACUAUUGACCACAACCUGAUCAUCAAACAGGCGCGUCUCUCUGACACGGCCAACUACACGUGCGUGGCCAAGAACAUCGUGGCCAAAAGACGAAGCACAACUGCGACUGUUAUUGUCUAUGUAAAUGGGGGAUGGUCAACAUGGACGGAGUGGUCCCCGUGCAACAGUCGGUGUGGACGCGGCUUCCAGAAGCGCACCAGGAGCUGCACUAACCCUGCCCCCCUCAACGGAGGCCUGCCCUGUGAUGGACAGGCCAUACAGAAACUGCCUUGUACAACACUCUGCACUGUGGAUGGAGAGUGGACGGAGUGGAGUAAGUGGUCAGCCUGUGGAACAGAGUGCACCCAGUGGAGGAGGAGAGAGUGCAACAAUCCAGCGCCCAAGAAUGGCGGAAAGGACUGUGAUGGCUUGGUGCUCCAGUCUCAGAAUUGCACUGAUGGACUCUGUAUGCAAACCCCGAGUACAGAUGAUGUGGCUCUCUACGUGGGCAUCGUCAUCGCGGUGAUCAUGUGCCUGGUCAUCUCUGUCAUCGUGGCUCUCUUUGUGUAUCGCAAGACACAUCGUGACUUUGAUUCUGACAUCAUCGACACCUCAGCGCUAAAUGGAGGCUUCCAGUCUGUUAAUAUCAAAACGGCCAGAUCAGCUGAUUUACUUACAGCCGCCCCUGACUUAACGAAUGCCGCCGCCAUGUAUCGUGGUCCGGUUUAUGCCCUGCACGACGUGUCGGAUAAAAUUCCAAUGACCAACUCUCCUCUCUUGGAUCCUCUUCCUAACUUGAAGAUCAAAGUGUACAACUCAUCUGGUCUCGUCACACCACAGGACGACCUCGGUGGAGAUUUCACAUCAAAAUUGUCUCCCAAGAUUACUCAGUCGCUGUUGGAAAACAGUGACACAAUGAAUCUUCGCAACCAGAGUUUCGCCCGGACUCGAGAUCCUUCAUGUACUGCUCAUGGAUCUUUCAACAGUCAGGGAGGACACCUCAUCGUGCCUAAUUCUGGUGUGAGCUUGUUGGUUCCAGCAGGUGCUGUCCCCCAGGGUCGGGUGUAUGAGAUGUAUGUGACUGUGCACAGGAAGGACAGCUUGAGACCCCCAGUAGAAGACAUCCAGACAGUCCUGAGCCCGGUGGUGAGCUGUGGACCCCCUGGGGCCCUUUUGACCAGACCAGUCAUCCUCACCAUCCACCACUGCGCUGACAACGUCCAGGAGGACUGGUUCAUACAGCUCAAGAACCAACUGGCCAUGGGAGAAUGGGAGGAUGUCGUUGUUGUUGGAGAGGAAAACUUCACCACCCCUUGCUAUGUGCAGAUGGACUCAGAAGCGUGUCACAUUCUGACAGAGACUUUGGGGACUUACUGCCUGGUGGGUCAAUCUGUUGGCAAGGCAGCCGCCAAGAGGCUCAAACUUGCUGUUUUUGGACCUGUCUCUUGCACAACGUUGGACUAUCACAUCAGAGUCUAUUGUCUGGAUGACACACAAGAUGCACUUAAGGAAGUUCUUCAAAUGGAGACCCAAAUGGGAGGGAAGCUUCUGGAUGAGCCAAAGACUCUGAACUUCAAAGACAGCACACAUAAUCUGAGACUGUCGAUCCAUGAUGUGCCACACACACACUGGAAGAGCAAGCUUGUCGCAAAAUAUCAGGAGAUCCCAUUCUACCAGGUGUGGAGUGGCAGUCAGAGAAGUCUCCACUGUACCUUCACUCUGGAGAGACUGAGCUCAGCCACCACAGAGAUGAGCUGCAAACUUUGUGUGCGGCAGGUGGAGGGAGAAGGACAAAUCUUUCAGCUCAGCAACACACUGGAGGAGGAGGUCCAGUGCAUAGACACAUCCCUGAUGGACCCUGCCAGCAAUAUCACAACCUUAAUGGGGCCUAAUGCCUUCCGUAUUCCUUUAUCCAUCAGACAGAAGUUGUGUGGCAGUCUGGAUGCACCACAGAACAGAGGCAAUGACUGGAGGAUGCUGGCUCACAAACUCAACCUUGACAGGUAUCUGAAUUACUUUGCCACCAAAUCCAGUCCAACAGGUGUGAUCCUGGAUCUCUGGGAGGCCCAACACUUCCCUGACGGAGACCUAAACGAACUGGCUGCUGUUCUGGAAGAAAUGGGUCGUAAUGACAGCACCCUCGCCUCCAUGACAACAGAACACUGA